GUGGAAGGAGGCCCUGGACAGGCAGGCAGGCAGGCCCUGGACUCUCCACCAACUGACGGAGAAGUAGGGCUGGAAGGAAAAGCAGGCUGCUGUGGGCGGUUUGAGGCCAGCCCCACCCCACCUGUCCCUUUUAUGGGGAUCAUUAGUACAGGGGCUUGUUCCUGUGGUAUCAUUGGCCUGGUAGAAUCAUCGAGGAGGAAGUGGCAGAGUUCAGAGCAUUCUUCACCAGGUUUGGGCCACUGCAAAGCUGCAUUUUGGGCUCAGCCCCACCCCGUGGCCCUCUGUCUGUGACUCCCCCAUCUCUCUGGGGAGAUGCUGUCCCGUGGGUGGUUUCACCGAGACCUCAGUGGGCUGGAUGCAGAGACCCUGCUCAAGGGCCGCGGCGUCCACGGGAGUUUCCUGGCUCGGCCCAGUCGCAAGAACCAGGGCGACUUCUCCCUCUCUGUCAGGGUAGGGGAUCAGGUGACCCAUAUUCGGAUCCAGAACUCAGGGGAUUUCUAUGACCUGUAUGGAGGGGAGAAGUUUGCGACACUGACGGAGCUAGUGGAGUACUACACGCAGCAGCACGGCGUCCUGCAGGACCGAGAUGGCACCAUCAUCCACCUCAAGUACCCGCUUAACUGCUCUGACCCGACCAGUGAGAGGUGGUACCAUGGCCACAUGUCUGGGGGGCAUGCAGAGACACUGCUGCAGGCCAAGGGUGAGCCCUGGACAUUUCUUGUGCGUGAGAGUCUCAGCCAGCCUGGAGAUUUUGUGCUGUCUGUGCUCAGUGACCAGCCCAAAGCUGGCCCAGGCUCCCCACUCAGAGUCACCCAUAUCAAGGUCAUGUGCGAGGGUGGACGCUACACGGUGGGUGGUUCAGAGACCUUUGACAGCCUCACAGACUUGGUGGAGCAUUUCAAGAGGACGGGGAUUGAGGAGGCCUCAGGCGCCUUUGUCUACCUGCGGCAGCCAUACUAUGCCACGCGGGUGAAUGCGGCUGACAUUGAGAACCGGGUCUUGGAACUGAACAAGAAGCAGGAGUCGGAGGACACAGCCAAAGCUGGCUUCUGGGAAGAGUUCGAUAGUCUGCAGAAGCAGGAGGUGAAGAACCUGCAUGAGCGGCUGGAAGGGCAGCGACCAGAAAACAAGAGCAAGAACCGUUACAAGAACAUUCUCCCAUUUGACCACAGCCGAGUGAUCCUGCAGGGACGUGACAGUAACAUCCCUGGGUCCGACUACAUCAAUGCCAACUACAUCAAGAACCAGCUGCUAGGCCCCGACGAGAACUCUAAGACCUACAUUGCCAGCCAGGGCUGCCUGGAGGCCACGGUCAAUGACUUCUGGCAGAUGACAUGGCAGGAGAACACCCGCGUCAUCGUCAUGACCACCCGGGAGGUGGAGAAAGGCCGGAACAAAUGCGUCCCGUAUUGGCCAGAGAAGGACACUCAGCGCGUGUAUGGACGCUACACUGUAACCAACCGUGGGGAACAUGACACAGCAGAGUACAAACUCCGAACCUUACAGGUUUCCCCGCUGGACAAUGAGAACCUGGUGCGGGAUAUCUGGCACUACCAGUAUCUGAGCUGGCCUGACCAUGGGGUCCCUAGUGAGCCUGGGGGCGUCCUCAGCUUCCUAGACCAGAUCAAUCAGCGACAAGAAAGUCUACCUCAUGCAGGGCCUAUCAUCGUGCAUUGCAGCGCGGGCAUUGGCCGCACAGGCACCAUCAUUGUCAUCGACAUGCUCAUGGAGAGCAUCACCACCAAGGGGCUGGACUGUGACAUUGACAUCCAGAAGACGAUCCAGAUGGUGCGGGCACAGCGCUCGGGCAUGGUGCAGACGGAGGCACAGUACAAGUUCAUCUACGUGGCCAUUGCCCAGUUCAUUGAAACCACCAAGAAGAAGCUGGAGGUCAUACAGUCCCAGAAGGGCCAGGAGUCAGAGUAUGGGAACAUCUCCUACCCCCCAGCCAUGAAGAACGCCCAUGCCCAGGCCUUUCGCACCUCCUCCAAACACAGGGAGGAUGUGUAUGAGAACCUGCACAGUAAGAACAAGAAGGAGGAGAAGGUGAAGAAGCAGCGGUCAGCGGACAAGGACAAGAGCAAGGGCUCCCUCAAGAGGAAAUGAGUUGGGCACCAUCCUGAGGUGGCCAUGGUAUGGCCCCUCUGCCCUGCUCUGCUCCAGUGUCCUCUGGCUCUGGUGCUUACCCUGGAUGGAUGGCAGCCUCACUCUGCCCUUCCCAGCUGUCCCUAGACCUGCUCUUGUCCCCUCUCCCCAGGUUCCAGCCACCCCCUUUCUCCCUUACUCCCUUUUCUCUGCAGCCUUAGCCCCAAUCCCUGUAGAGAAGCCUCCAGAGAACAUCCACAGCCUGAACCUAGGAGCUGCCUGCUCAACUCCAUUGUAAUUUAAAUGAUUGUCUCCCUCUCCCAGACCCUGUAUAUAGCCCAGCAAAGCUCCAGGCCCGGCCAGACCCUUUGACAUUUGUAAAUAAAGCCCCUAGGAUCACUG